CAUCAAAGUCCCCCUUACAUCAGAUGUCCCCAUCAGAGCGCCCUCUUACAUCAGGUGUCCCCAGCAGAAAUCCCCCUUACAUCAGGUGUCCCCAUCAGAGUGCCCUCUUGCAUCAGGUGUCCCCAUCAAAGAUUCCCCUUACAUCAGAUGUCCCCAUCAGAGUGCCCUCUUACAUCAGGUGUCCCCAUUGAGGUCCCUCCUAACAUCACAGUCUACAGCAGAGUCCAUCUUAGGAGCCCUGCUUCACAUCUGGGUCUCCAUCCAAGCCCACCCUACAUCCAGGUCCCCAUCAGAGCUCCCCUUACUUCUAGGUCCCCAUUAGAGUCCCCCCUUACAUCAAGUGUCCCCAUCAGAGUGCCCCGUUACAUCAAUGUCCUCAUCAGAGUGCCCCCUUACAUCAGGUGUCCCCAUCAGAGUGCUCCUUACAUCAGGUGUCCCCAUCAGAGUGCCCCCUUACAUCAGGUGUCAUCAGAGUGCCCCCUUACAUCAGGUGUCCCCAUCAAAGUGUUCCCUUACAUCCGGUGUCCCCUUUAGAGUGCCCCCGUUCAUCAGGUGUCUCCAUCAGAGAUCCCUCUUACAUCAGGUGUCCCCAUCAGAGUCCCCCUUACAUCAGAUGUCCUCAUCAGGGUCCCCCCUAACAUCAGGUUCCCAAUAAGAUUCUCCCUUCCAUCAUAUAUCCCCAUCAGAGUGCCCCCUUACAUCAGGUGUCCCAUCAGAGUGCCCCCUUACAUCAGGAUCCCAAUCAGAGUGCCCCCCUUACAUCAGGUGUCCCCAUCAUUGUGUCCCUUUACAUCAGCUGUCCCCAUCAGAGUGCCCCCCUUACAUCAGCAUCCCCAUCAGAGUGCCCCCUUACAUCAGGUGUCCCCAUCAGAGUGCCCCCUUACAUCAGCAUCCCCAUCAGAGUGCCCCCUUACAUCAGAUGUCCCCAUCAGAGUGCCCCCUUACAUCAGCUCUCUGCAUCAGACUGGCUCAUGGAUCAG